AUGGAUGUUUUCUAUGGAUUUGAUUUUUUUAUUUAAGGCUGCUAAUUUCUCAUCUAAACUUAAAUUUCUGAAGCCAUCAAUCAUUUUGAGAUCUUCGAUAAAAUUAAUUAGUUUACUCAACCCAUUUUUAAAAGGUAGAUACCCAAAUGUUAGAGAUUUUCUAAUAACUAUUUUAAUGAUGUUUGCGAAGAACUUCUUUAAAUAAUAAAGUCAUGUUUCCUGAAGCUUGAAACUCUUGAAAAUCAGCAAAUUAAAUAAUUCAUCCUUGACAGAUGUUCAUUAAUAUUGUAAAGCAUUGAAAAUUUUUAAUUUGCUAAUUAACAAUUCAAUGAAGGUUCUCUAUAAUUAACAAUUGAAAGAAAAAAAUAAUUACAUAGAUCUUAAGUCAAAUUGGCCUGCAUAAGAGGUAAUUUCACUUAAGAAACCUUAUUUACUAAAACAUUUUCUACAUUGCUGUCAGAAGAUAUAUCUCACAUCAAUCAAAUUGGUGCAAUUUUAUUCACUGAUUUAGCCCUAACUGAAAAGCCAUGGGAAAUCUUUUUUUUUAAAAUAAAUGGAAAAUAACGACUUUCUCAUAUUACUAGUCUUAUCUAUUAUUUAAAUAAAUAUUAUGAGGAACCACAUCUUUUCAGUAUGCUUAAAUUAGGUAAAAUUUUAAAAAGGUUUAAAGAAUAUUGGUUGUCAUUAGUGAUUUUUAGUUUUUUAAGAAAAGUAUGUAUGGUUUGUCAGAAGCAAUUCGAUUUUAAUCCCUAUCUUCCUUUUUUGUAUUAUCAAAUUGCUAAGAUUUGCUUAUAUUUAGGAUAAUUCAAUGAAGCCUAUCAAUUUUAUUUAAAGGCUUAUAAAAUAUCAAAAUAAUUAAAUAAUAUCAAAUUGUAUUUUGAUAGUAAGAAUAAAGAUAAAUGGAUUUUCAAAUUAAAAUAUAAAUUAAUGAUCUUAUCGAUAUUCUAAUAAAAAUCAAAUGAAACUAUUGAAAUGAUAAAAGAAUUAUUAUAAGAUGAAAGUGAUGGAAUGCCUUAUCAUAUUAGAACUUUCACUCAUUUUUGUAAUUAGUAUAUGAAGGACGUAUCACAUUUCAAUAAAUCUUAAAAAUAUAGAAAAUGUGAUUAAUUUUUAAUAUAUCUAUCAAAUAUAGUUAGAAGCAAUUUGAUUGGUAUAUAAAUUCCAAAUGAAGACAUAAAAUAAUAUGCUAAUGUGAUUGAAUUGAAAGAUAAAGACAUUCCUAAAGUCACAAUAAAAUAGAAAAUUGAAUAUGAGUUCAAAUUAAACUCUUAUUUUUAGACUCUUCAAUUUUAUAUAAUACUAGUAUGUCAUAUGAGAACUGAUUAAAUGAUAUCAAAAGAUUAUUAUUAGAAACAAGAAAUAUUGGAGUAAUUUUUAUAAUAUAUUGAUUGCAAAUUAUAUACAACUUUAUCUGAUGUGAUAGAGAAGUUUGCCUUCUCAUAAGAUUGUUAUGAGAAUUUACUAUUAAGUCAUUUUUACUAUGAUAUUUCAAUGUUUCAACAAUGUAAGAACAGUUUAACUUAAUUUGAGAAAUCAAAAAAAGAAAAUAAGAAAAAAUAUAGCAUUUAAGAAUCAUUAGUUUUUUAAAAAAUAGUAGAUAAUUAUAGAUAUUUAAUAUAAUAUAAUAAUGAAGAAAUGUUAAUAGAGUAAUGCAUUCCUAGCACUGAUCUUAGUGAAAUUUAGUAUGCAAUUGGUAUUAGGUAUUUGAAUGAAGGAAGAUAUAAAGAAGGAGUGGAAUAUUUAAAAAAGGUUUCAUUAAAUAAUGUAUAUAAAGAUUUAUGCUAUAUUCAUUUACAAAAAUUAAUUUAAUAAUCAAGAGAGGAAUUAAAAAUGAUAGAUUAAACUCAAAAUAGAAAUGAUUUGUCUGAGAUUAUCAGAUAAAUUGAUUUUGAUAGACUUUUAAAAAGUAAGAGUCGUUAGAAUUCAAUUAAUGAAGAGUUUUAUAGGAUUUCUUAUUAAUAACAAUUAAGAAAUUAAAAUAUUUUAGUUGACUCUGUGUCUUUAUCAUAGAUUUCAAGAAGCAAUUCAAUAUAAGAUGGUCAAUUUUACACAUUAAUGUAAUUUAGUAAUUUAAUAGAUGAUAAAGAAAUUUAUGAUUUAAUAGUAAGGAUUGAAUAAGAAUUUCCUAAUGUAGAAUAAUUUGAUUAAGAUAACUUCUACAAAUAAUAUCCUACAAGUAAUGUAUUAACUUAAGAUGUGAUUAUUUUUAUGAAUGAUGAUGAGAAAAUAGUAAUGAAAAUAAAGGAGAUAAUUGAAAUAUAUUAAGACCAAUUAAAGAGUAAACUCAAGGAUAGUUUAAUUGAAAUUUUAGGUUAAAUAAUAGUAAAUAAGUUAAAUUAUAGAGGUUUUGCUUAAUUAAUAUCUUUAAAAUAUUAAUUAAUGAUAAGUUAAACAAAUGCAAGUAAUUUAAAAUUUUAUAUGUUCUUUCCUUAUUAUGAAACAAUGUCUAGAAUGGAUAUUAGAUAAUUAUAAGAUUUAACUUUAUCAAUAAAGAUUCUAAACCAUAAAAAGAUAUAUCAUAGAGAUUUAAAACCAAGUAAUAUAUUGAAGAAGAAUGGUAAUCCUGUAAUAAUUGAUUUUGAUUGUUCUUAUUUUUGGGAUGAGAGAUUAUAAAAAUGGUGGAGAGGAAAAGGAUUAACUCCAUAAUAUUAUCCAGAGAAUGAUAUUAAAGAAGAUAAAAUAGAUAUAUAUUAAUUAGGAAAGAUAGGUAGAGAAAUAGUAGAGAAUUGUCCAGAAGAAUUCUAUAAAGGAGCAAUGGAAGAAUAUGAAAAUAGAUACUCAUUGCUUAAAUUAUUGGUAAUAUUAAAUUGA